GUUUGGGAAGGAGAGGCAACUUGAGAUUCUUCAAGAGCACAGUAGAUACAAAACGAAGUGCACGACCGGCUCUCACCUCACCAUCUGCAGUCGUUGAAUUCGUAAUUUAAUUUCUUACCUGUACAAAUAAAGUGAAUGAUUGUGGUCACCUUGCGUCCCUUCGCCCUUAUCAACAGCGCUCUACGACAACUACUAGGAAACACACAGAGCCUUGCACUUCAAACUAAACGAGGGGUUAAUAUCUGCUGUAAAUCGACGAUAUCUGUCCACCAACACGACUCAUCACCUUUAACCUGUAGAAAUACAAAUAUAAGCAGAAGUAAGGUUAUUAUGAAUAACAACGAGCAGAUGGAUCGACUAGAAAAAAAUGCGCAGCUGGCUGAAAAUAUCAUCGCGGACAUUUACUCAAAGUUGUCCGAAUUGGAAAAGUCUGGGUGCAGUGUGGGGACGACGACGUCUGUAGCAACACCCGAAUUGCUCAACCUUCGCCAGGAGAAUGAAAACUUGCGCCUUGAAGUCGCCAAGUGGAAAGAACUGCUCCUCCUUCGCGAAAUCCGCAAUGGUGGCAAAGUCGUUCUUGGAAACACCGAGGAUGUGGACAAGGGGAUGAAAAAGUGUGUGAGCGAAGGGACAGGACUCAAACUGAACAAGUCGGAACCAGGGAUGACCAUGACAAAUAACAAGGGAGGAAAACAUGGGGGUAGUAGCAAAUCUUCAGCAGCCUUGAGCCGCAGCCGCAGCCCUGCUAGAAUUGGGAGUGGUACUCAACAGCUGCAGCCCAACCAGGUGGGGGGAAAGACGUCCAAGCCAGAGGUGUCAAAAAAAGGAAAAGGAGGAGGAAAUUCCUCCUCUAGUCAACCACCGCCACCGCCCCCCGCUGCUGCUGGGGACGAUCAGGUGGACGUGAGCAAGUUGGACUUCCGUAUCGGGCUCAUCAGGGCAUGUGACCCACAUCCCGAUGCCGACUCUCUGUAUGUGGAAAAAAUUGAUUUGGGUGAGGGCAAGGACAGGACCAUCAUCAGUGGGCUGGUGAAACACGUCCCCAUCGAAGAAAUGCGAAACAGACUCGUUGUGGUGUUGGCAAAUUUGAAGCCGGCUAAAAUGCGUGGGAUUUUCUCAGAAGGGAUGGUGAUGUGUGCUAGUGGUCCGGAGAAGGUGGAAAUCCUUCUCCCACCCGAAGGUUCAGUUCCUGGGGACGUGGUUCAAGUUGACAACUUUCCUCGUGCUCCGGAGGCCGUUCUGAACCCCAAGAAGAAGAUUUGGGAAACUGUAGCCCCUGAGUUGAAGACAAACGAGAAGAAGGAAGCCACCUACAAGGGAACCUUCUUGUGGAGGGUGGAAGGUAAAGGGGUCGUCACCACAAGCACCUUGACCAACACUAUGAUCAAGUAAAACCAUAAUGAAAUCACUCACUUUAUGCUCACUUUGUUUUAAUUUGAAAUCAUCUGAAUAAAAUGCUAAAUUUAUAUGCGUGAACAAACGGA